GUCCUCCGAAACCCAGAACUCAAACCCCAACGCAAGUCUCCCACCUCGCGCGUUGCAACCUUCCCCAAUCCGAUCUCUUGUCGCCUCCGCCGAAGCCGCCAUGGCGCCCAAGGCCGAGAAGAAGCCCGCUGCGGAGAAGAAGCCGGUGGAGACAGAGAAGAAGCCCAAGGCCGAGAAGCGCGUGCCCGGCAAGGACGGCGGCGCCGACAAGAAGAAGAAGGCCAAGAAGAGCGUCGAGACCUACAAGAUCUACAUCUUCAAGGUGCUCAAGCAGGUCCACCCCGACAUCGGCAUCUCCUCCAAGGCCAUGUCCAUCAUGAACUCCUUCAUCAACGACAUCUUCGAGAAGCUCGCCGGCGAGUCGGCCAAGCUCGCGCGCUACAACAAGAAGCCCACCAUCACCUCCCGGGAGAUCCAGACCGCCGUGCGCCUCGUCCUCCCCGGCGAGCUCGCCAAGCACGCCGUCUCCGAGGGCACCAAGGCCGUCACCAAGUUCACCUCCUCUUAGAUUACCGUCGCCUGAAUCUCUUAUUGGCUUUGUUCCGAAUGUUCCUAUGUCGUCAAUCAUAGGGGGUUAUAUUCCCCUUUACAGACAGUGUAAAAAUGAGUCAGAUUUGCUAAAUCAAUGAAUCAUCCAGUUGUUGUUACAAA